AUGGGAGAAUGCGGGGUCGAUCAUCCCUAUCCAUUUAGACGUCGAGUGCCCGUAGAUCCUAAGAUGAAUUUUUCAAUCAGCUCCUCAGAGAAUAUCCGAGCAGAAUUUCUAGCCUACUUUCAAGAGCGUAAACAUACCCUAGUGGCACCAUCAUCCGUUUAUCCCCGACAUACAGAAGGAACCUAUUUUAUUAAUGCAGGUAUGAAUCAGUUUAAGUCACUAUUCUUGCGAGACACUGAUCAGUGUCAAAAAUCGGAAGGAGAAUUUGCCAACCUCACCAGAGCCGCUAACUCACAACCCUGUAUUCGUAUUGGUGGUCGCCAUGACGAUUUAAACAAUGUUGGAUAUGAUACUUAUCAUCACACUAUGUUCGAAAUGCUUGGAAAUUGGUCGUUCGGUUCAUAUGGAAGAGAAGUCGCAUGUAGACAAAUGUGGCAUUUCCUAACUGAAGUACUUCGAAUUCCCAAAUCUGCUCUUUAUGUCACUUUCUUCAAUGGAAGCCGCGACCUUAAAUUGUCUGCUGAUGAGGAAGCUAGACAACUUUGGUUCGAUAUCGGGUAA